AUGCUACCACCCGACUGCGCCCAAACUCCUCUUGAGUUAUGGAGUCCAAUGAAAUGGACUGUCCCCUGGCUCCUGAAAUCAUUCGGGCUGUACAGUCAAUGGAGAGUUGGAGACUGGAGAAAGCGGGAGCUCCCAGGCCGCAGCUCGCAGCUUCCCAGCUUCUUUCCCAGCUACACUGCCCUGGGCUGCCAGUCCGGCUUGGCCACCCAGAGUUCCUUCCUCAUCUGUCUCUGGUUCAAGCCAGCGGCAUCGAGCCAUCAGUUGGAUCGUACCAUGUACUUGCCAGGCUUACCACCACCCGAUGGCUAG